AUGCGAGUCAAGCAUCAAAAGAGAGCAGAAGCAAAAGAAGCCAGAAAGAAGGAACAGCAACAGAACCAAAAAGAAGCUUUGAGCGCAGAACUGAUGAAUGAUACAUAUAGAUCAGAGUUCAGAUCAGCACCAACCGCAGCUGAAUCACAAACGAUCAACAACUUUUUCUUCAACUCUCAUGUCCAACUAGACUGGAUGACUAUGAAUUUUUUGGAAAUGCCUGAGGAUCAGAAAGUGCCGAAAAAGAAGAAAGAAGAAGUCUCAACAGGGUUUGUAAAACCUGGUAUCACAAUAGGUUUACCAGAAGUUGUGUUUUUGGGGAAAUGUAAUGUUGGGAAAUCAACUUUAUUGAAUGCAUUAGUUACACCUUCAAGCAACAAAGAUCUGACAGAAUUCGCGUACGCUUCUAAAGUUGCUGGGUAUACAAAGUCAUUGAAUGCUUUCAAUUUAGGUGAUAGGCUUAGAAUUAUAGAUACACCAGGUUAUGGUGUUAAAGGCCGUCCUGCUCAAGGGAAACAAGUUUUGGAAUAUCUUCAAAAUAGAAAGGAAUUGAGAAAAGUUUAUUUGUUGGUUGGAUCCGUGGAUGGCUUCAAUAACCAUGAUGAUGGUAUACUUGAUUUUCUAUUCACAAAUGGUAUUCCCUUUGAAAUCGUGUUCACCAAAGUUGAUAAAGUCUUGCAAAAGAGACAAUUAACUGCUAAUAUCACUAAGAGUGGGAUACUAGAGGAAGCUCAAGCCCCAGAAUUGUUAUUUACAGCUUCGGGUACAAACAAAAAAUUUGACAAAAGACAAGGUUUUACAGAAUUGAGAAAAUCCAUCCUUUCAGCUUGUGGACUUCCUUAUGAUAUUAGACCUUUGAAAAAACGCCAAUGA